AUGAGGGUGUUCAUGCAGCCAGCACUUCUUGCGACAACGUUUGUCCACAGGUCAAAACCCUUGACGGUCACGAUCUGGGUUCUCGACGAUGCACAUUCCAGUAAAUUGGUCAUCCAACUAUGGAGUAACCUGAUCGACCCACGGUGGGCAAGCAAAGAUUUUAAAGAACUGAGAGGUGACGAAGCCUCGGAAGUGAUAGGGCUCGGUGAGGAGAAAAUGUGCCGAACAUUCGAGGUCAUGGUUUCUACCGACGAUAUUGGCGAAGGAUGGUAUGAAUUUACCGCGAGAUUCAAGAGAGAAUGUGACGAGGGAUGGCAGUGGAUGGGCGAAAAUCAGAAUAGCAGAGUUUUUGUAGGAAAUGUGACUCACAAUGUCAAACAAAAAAUCGAGACUAUUGAUUCAAUUUUUUGUCAGAAAAUUGAUGAUGGCAAGCGUGUCGAUUAUGUUUUGCAAAACAACAUUGACUGUUGGUGCGUGUCAAGCGACACUAGGUUCAACGACGGGCAACCUACUUGCGUUAACUUUGGGAGAAUACGCGGGGUGAUUCAAUUUCUUGCCAUACGGAGGUCCUCCGUGUGGUGGACGACACCAGUUACAGGCGCCGGUAAACUGGAUCUGCAAAAUAUGAAUGCCUUUUACAUAUUGAUACAACAAUCCACCGGUCAUUAUGUUGUACUAAUCCCCAUGGUGUCUGGCGAAUGCACGAGUAGUUUUCAAACGGACGGAGAUGGGAACCUACAGUUGAUCACCGUAAAUGAUGGCAGAAGUGAUGGGGUUGCAAAAUUUGUCAUCGGUUGUGGAGAGGAUCCAUACGCUGUCUCACGUGCGUGUAUGGAAGUGAUUAAGAUUUCCUUGGGGACUCGGGGAAAAAUCAAUGAAAUAACGAAUGAGCAAUAUUAUUACGAUCAACUUGGGUAUUGUACUUGGAACGCAUUUUAUAAGAACGUGAGAGAUCAAUAUGUAAUGGAUACUUUGCAAUCACUGGACAAAAUCGGUGUGCACGUGGGUUACGUCUUGCUAGAUGACGGGUGGCAGCAGUUCAACGGACGUGAUCAACUAGAAAGCCUUGAGGUUGACUCUAGAAAGUUUCCGAAGGGAUUAAAAGGGUUGAUAAAUGAAGCCAAAAAAAGAUUUCAUUACUUAAAACACUUUGGGGUCUGGCAUACUCUUUGGGGUUACUGGAACGGAAUCGACCCUUUUUCCAAAUUGUCAUUCUCCUAUAAAGUUGAACAAGUAAGAAAGGGUGAUCAACUAGUUUACCUCAUUGCUCCCGAAGAUAUUCAACGAUUCUAUCAGGACCUUCAUGGUUACCUAAGAGAUGAAGGUGUCAGUCUGGUAAAGGUUGAUUCGCAGGGGAGCUUUGACCUGAUUAACAGCGGGGAAACCAAACAUCGACAAUGUCUCAACAUCAUGCAAUGGAUGUUGUCCGGUCCUGGAAUGGAAAACUCUGGUAAUACCGGCAGACCUAUAUUCAGGGAUAUGUUUCAGUCUGUACAUCGAUUCAACGAAUACCAUGCCGCAGCAAGAGCGAUUAGUGGAAGUCCGAUGUAUGUCACCGAUUCUCCAUAUAAGCACGACGUCGAAGUUCUGAACAAAUGCCUUGUUAAUACGCCAACCUUGGCGUUCCCGAUGUCGACCAGAUCAACUUUGACCCCGUCGUCAUUCCAAAAAGCAAAUCUGUCAACAGAAUUACCUCAAAAAAUCCUGAGAAAUGAAAGCCCGGCCCUACCAUCUCUUUCAAGCUUGUUUCAAGAUUCGACGAAAAAUGACAAUUUGCUAAAAAUAUGCAACAUAAACAAGAGAAUUCGCGUCAUUGGUCUCUGGAAUUGUGGAAAGAACACAAUGAUUGAUCAAAUUUUUCUCCAAGAUAUAUAUGGUCUCGAAUUUUUCGGUCUUAAUGUGGAUGAUAACACCAUCAGCCAUUGUGCAUACGCGGCAUAUUUUUUUCGGAAUAAAAAGACUCUUUUGAUCGAUCCUCUCAACUUGGACAAACGAAUUCCCGUGAUGGUGCAGCCAGAGGGGUUUGAAAUAUUGACGGUUUCACCGAUCGAUGUUUCAACAGGGCAAAAUUCCCGAGAUGACUUCAUCGUAAUGAUCGCAUGUUUUGGAUUGGUCGACAAAUAUAAUGGGUCAAGAGCUGUACACUCGGCCGGAUUUGCCAUCGGGAAGGGUGGUGAUGAGCCCACAAAUGCGGAAGAUCAAGGAGGCAGAUUAUAUUAUUCAGUCGAGCUAUUUGGAUACGGCGAGUGUGGGUUUCUUUUGGAUGUGAAAAAUGGGCAGAUAUCUGAAACCAGAGCUUAUUUGAGAACCAAAAUUCUGAAUGACGAAAAGGUAAAAUAUGAUUGGGAAAAAAAGCUAAUCGUGAUCAGGAUGGACGAGGAGGAUAUGAGGGAGGAUGGGUUUAGAAGUGAAGGAGAAAAGACGAAUGAUGACACGUUGAUGGUAAAAUUGACCUUGGAACUUGUAAUUCGAUAA